ACUAAAAUGAAAGUGUUGUGCUUCCUUGUUUUGGCAUUGGCUUUGAUUGCAUUUGCAUCCUCUGAGCCAUGUAGACGACGAAACCGAAUGAAUAACGAUCGAUCAUCGGGAGGCAGAAAUAAGAGAAGCGCACAAUCACCUAUUGACGGAUUGGUUAAGGAUUUAUCUGGAAUCGUUAAUGGACUCGUUGGUGGAUUACUUGGAGGUGGUGGACCACCAAAACCAGAACCACCAAAACAACCAGAACCACCAAAACAACCAGAACCAGCAAAAAAACCAGAACCAGCAAAAAAACCACAACCGCCUCAAUCUGGAAAUUCUGAAGCAGAUGCACAAGCUGAAGCUCAGGCCUCCGCCAAUAGCAACUGAUACAGCCAUCCCACAUUUAACUGCACGCAGGUUAACCAAGAAGAUGACAUCUUAGUACAAAAUAAAUUUCAAGUACUAAUGAUGCCACUCACGAACUAGCGUAAUUCAUGCAUUUGCCGCAAUUUUUUUUGUCAAAACAUGUCGUCAUCUUGAGUUUAACUUGAUCCUUGUAUCCAAAUGCUUGAUUGUUUGA